AUGUCGAAAUUUACCUAUAAAAAUCGUUUACCAUAUAUUCCACCCUCGGAAAAAUUAGAUAAACUUACAAAUCGAUAUCAACCCAAACGAGUGGUGGAAGAAAAUCGAUACGAACAACUUUAUAAACAAGGUAAAUGUGAACAUUUUCAACCAUUAUCUAUUUAUAGAUAUUACCAUUUUCAUCAUCAAACACCUAUGGACGUACUUGAUAACUUAAUCGACUAUGCCAAUGAAGUAACAAGUUACACCAUUGAUACUGAAGACCAACUUCAACCACAUCAACCAUCGAAAUCA